AGAUAAAGAACUAAAAGAUGCCGCGUAUAUGUCUACUAGCUCUCAUAGGCCUGCCAGCUGCAGGAAAAACUACGCUUAGCAGCUGGCUGCUGCGACACCAACAGCACUUGACGGAUUGGAAUGUGCUGCACUUAUGCUACGAUGACUACUUUGAUAUGGACCGGGGAACACUAGAAAACAUUGACUAUAGGCAACAGCGCAGCUUCAUACAUAAAUUGUUAAGCCAAAUUAUAGACACGCUUCGAGCUGGGCCUCAUAAUCUGCCGGACAAACUGCGGUAUACCAAAUCAACUGUCAACAGCGGCAACUAUUUACUUGUAUGUGAUGAUAACCAUUAUUAUCGCAGCAUGCGCUUUAAAAUCUACCAGCUAUGCCGCAGCAAAGGUUGCAUUUAUUCACAAAUCUAUAUUAACCGCAGCUUGGAGCAGUGUCUGUUGGCCAACAAAUUACGUGGCGCUGCUGUACCUGAGGCUGUCAUACGACAAAUGCAUAAUAGGAUAGAAGCACCCAGUGAGCAGGAAUGCAACAGUCUAACCCUGUGCAACGCAGACUUUGACGCAACUUCGAGCAUAAUUUACAAGUUUAUAAUAAGCUUACUCCAAAAACCCAUAGAACCAAAGGCAUUGCCCUCGACCCAGUUAAAGCAGCCACAAUUGCAGUCUCUAACACAUCAGUUGGACUUGCUGUUGCGAACGAGGAUUCAAUUCCAAAUGCGUAAUACACCAACUAACUUGUCCAAGGAGACAAGAAGCAGCUGCCUUAAUGAGCAGCGUAAAGAAAUCUUGACGCAGUUCCGACAAGACCAAUGCAGCCAGCAGUUAGUCAUGAAUCAGAUCGAUUUAGCAUACUAUGUUAAUUUGUUAAACUAGUCUAACAUGUGUACAUAUUUACCUACAUACAUAAUUAUAGUAACAAUAAUGCGUUAAACAAUAAUAAAAGUUAAACACACAAAAAUAUAUGUAAAACUAAAUUCAUUUAGAAUAAAAAAAUGUAUUUCGGCUAAGGAGCAACAGCUGGACGCUGUUAUUUGCUGA